AUGCCGUCUCAGGAGGGGACCAUAGAGCACGCCCUCGCCAUGGCAGACACCCAGCCCCGUCCGCAGCCCCGCUUCAAGCGGCUCGCAUCCAAGCCCCUCAAGCUCGCAGCCAGCACCUUCAAGCAACGCAGCUCCAGAGCACCCUCUCCCGGCCCCUCUGCCACCCUCGCCCCUGACAACGCCUCUUCUGUCUCUGUCUCCUCUAUCGCCACUGUAGGCGGCUGGAAGAAGAGGGGAGCAGGUCACCAGCGCCUUUCUCGGGCAUCGGCCUCGGGGCUUACCCCCGCACAAGUCGCCUCUGCUGCAAGGGGCCCUAGUAAACCUCUCGAGGGCGAAGAGCCGGCCGCGUGGCUGCGAGUGAGAGUAGUGGAAGCGGCAAAUCUGGUGGCAAAGGACAGGAGCGGUACGAGCGAUCCGUUUCUGAACCUCCUCAUGCCCCCUGCCACACGUCACACCACCCCAGUCAUCAAGAAAACACUGAAUCCUAAGUUUCCCGCUGAAGGAAGCACCUUCGAUUGCCCGCUGUAUCUCAGCCUUGCCGGAGUCAUCGGAGGUCGCGGCCUCGAGGGCGUUCUUUGGGAUAAGGAUCUUAUCAAGAAGGACUAUAUGGGCGAGCUUUCGAUCCCCGUCGACAAGUGGUUUGCAGACGGUAUAGCACGCCUCUGGGAUGAGCAGUUACCGCUCCUGACGCAACGGAUCUUGUCCACCAGACGGAGGCACAAGGUGUCUGGCAACAUCUCUUUUCAGAUCGGGUUCCUCCCACCCAAAGGGGUGACCACUAACGACGAAGCCUUACGCAGAAUCAAGAUUGUCUAUGGAUCUCUUGUCGAGCAGGGCAACCUGAGCAAAGGAUCUGCUGGUGUUCUCGGUGUCCCUGCAUACAAGGGUAUCGGUACCGUCAAAAUGCGAGCCCGCGAUGCUCAGACCGAAGAGAGGCCCCACGUUCAUGGUGCUUUCAAUGCCAUCCAGGGUGCCGCCUCCGCUGUCGCUGGAGCGUGCUCUGGAGGUCACCGCAUGUCGCCCGCUCUCAACCAGGAUAGGAACGAGCUGGAUGACGACGAAGACGCUGAAGACGACGACGAAGACCUCCUUUCAGACGACGGCAUGUCUUCCAGCUCGUCGAACGACGAAUAUGAGGAUGCGCAGGAUGAGGAUUACGGCGGCGUAGGUCUGCACAGGACCGAGUCGCCUUCUGCCGAGCUUCUCAGCGACCAGACGGCUGGCUUGACUAUCCACCCCGUGGAUCCUGACGACAAGGUCCCAAAGACUGCCGGAUACCUCGACCCUCGGCGAAAGUACGAAACCCCUACGAGAAAGACAUCGCUCCCUGCCCCGGGCUAUUGGGAAGUUCCAAACAUGGCAAAGUCUAGCUCCGCGGACUCUGCAGCAUCCAGCUCGGGUGCGCUCACGCCCGGCGUUCCGGUCUCGGGCGCCGCUACUCCUGGCGGCACCAAGCUCAAGAGACCUUUGUUCGGAAGAGGCAAGAGCAGGACGUCCAGCGGCAACGAGGGGAAAAUGGUGGUGAAGAAAAAGUCUAAAGGAUUUGCGUUUGACGCCGAGCAGGGUAAGGAUAUGCUGGGUAUUGUCAUCCUGGAGAUCCAGAGCGCCGAAGAUUUGCCCAAGCUCAAGAAUGCUUUACGUGUGUCUUUCGACAUGGACCCCUUCGUCGUCAUCUCUUUUGGCAAAAAGGUUUUCCGUACCCGUGUCAUCCGACACUCUCUCAACCCCGUCUGGGACGAAAAGCUUCUCUUCCAUGUCCGCCGCCAUGAAGCUGCCUAUACCGCGCAGUUUGCGGUCCUGGACUGGGACAAGGUGUCUGGCAAUGACAUGGUCGGAACGUGUACAUUACCACUGAGCGAGCUGGUUGAGGAUGCUCCCAAACCUGACCCAUCUACUGGGUUAUAUGACAAGGAGGUUGACGGGAAGCCCGCGAUGAAAGAGUUUACUUUGCCAAUCUCCACCGACAAAGACAUGGCUUGGGAAAGCAGACACUCUCCCAAGCUCACCAUCCGUGCCAAAUACGAGCCUUAUGAUGCUCUCCGCCAACGGUUCUGGCGUCAAUACAUCAUGCAGUACGACGUCGACGAGACAGGCGCUCUAUCCUACACUGAGCUCACUGCCAUGCUCGACUCGCUCGGAUCCACGUUGACUCGCAACACUCUCGAAGGAUACUUUGUGGCGAGCGGCAAGUCGCCCGAAAGGGAUGAGUUGACGGACGAAGAAGUCAUCAGGUGUUUAGAGAGGGAAGUCAACAAGAGUCGAUAUGAAAAGGCAAAAGUCAGCCGGAACGGUGCUUCUGACGAUGUGGCCACAACCGGCUCUAGUACGCCUGCUGCCCAAUCUGGUAAAGACGGCUUGGGCUUUGUGGGUCCAGAGGGCAAUGAGUCUUCGCCCGUCGACCCAGAUGAGCUUGCACAGUCGAUUCUCAAGAGCAAGCCUAGGAAUCAGGAGGGCGCUGGGGAUGAUGAUACCGCGGGCAACCAAACCAACAUCGAGAGCACUGCCUCUCACCGUAAAGAUUCUGAAGUUCCCGCGGUCAAGGUAGAACGAACUACUUCUUUCGAUGGCAAGACUGUCCCUGCACCUGGCCAGCCUGGAGCCGACGGAAGCCUGACGCCCAUGUCUGCCUCAGACGUCGAUAUGGAUGAAAACGACGCAUCACCUGCCGAUGACCGCGAGCGAAUUAUCAAUAUCAAGACCUGUCCCCUCUGUCACCGCCCCCGAUUGGGCAAAAAGACAGAGCAGGAUAUCGUCACGCAUCUUGCUGUCUGUGCUUCAGCCGAUUGGAGUCGUGUCGACAGGAUUGUGACGGCCAAUUAUGUGACUAGCGGUCAGGCUCAGCGAAAGUUCCUGAGCAAGAUUGUCAACAAGGUUGCUAUCGGCAGCUACGCCUUGGGGGCCAACAGUGCCAACACCAUCGUGCAGGAUAGGAUUACUGGGCAAUUGCAGGAAGAGAAGAUGGCUGUUUACGUGAGAAUGGGCAUCCGGGUCCUCUACAAAGGUGCUAAAAGCAGCAUGCACGGGGCUCGAGCCCGCAAGCUUCUCAAGUCGCUGUCCAUCAAGCAAGGUCUCAAGUACGACUCUCCUGCCUCCGCCCUCGACAUUCCGGGCUUCAUCGCGUUCCACAACCUCGACGUGAAUGAGAUUCUUGACCCCCUCGACUCUUUCAAGACCUUUAAUGAAUUCUUCUACCGCAAGCUCAAGGCCGACGCUCGACCUGUCGAAGAGCCCGACAACCCACACAGGCUCGUGUCGUGUGCAGACAGUCGGAUGAUGGCUUUCGAGACUGUCAACGAGGCAACCCAGAUUUGGAUCAAGGGAAGGGAGUUUUCCGUUGCCAAGCUGCUGGGACCAAACUACAAAGAUGUGAUCGACAGGUAUGACGGAGGUGCACUGGCAAUCUUCCGCCUCGCCCCGCAAGAUUUCCACCGCUAUAAAUCGUUGGUCGAUGGGAAGAUCGGCAAGAUGACUUCCAUCGAUGGAGAAUACUACACUGUCAAUCCACAGGCCAUCAGGACGACUCUAGACGUCUAUGGAGAGAAUGUUAGGAUGGUUGUGCCUAUAGAAAGUCCUCAAUUUGGUCUGGUCAUGACUGUUUGGGUCGGGGCCAUGAUGGUGGGGUCUAUAUUGAGUUCUGUAGAGGAGGGACAGGAGGUCAAGAGAGGUGACGAGCUGGGGUAUUUUGCCUUCGGUGGGUCUACCAUCGUCUGCCUGUUCGAGAAGGGGGCAGUCGAGUGGGACAAUGACCUGUUGCAAAACGGGCGUGCCAGUAUCGAGACGCUCGUGCGUGUCAACACGGGUAUUGGCCACAGCACUAGACAAGCUUGA